GAGCUCGGAGCCAACGGAUCGGAUCAGCACACCAACCAAGGGAAGAAUAUAAACACUGCGAUCACAAUUAAGUUUGCACUUGAUCUGCUCGAACUGAUCCCACAAAGCUGCCGAAAUAUGUGGCGAGCGAUUCAACAGCGCGCAACAAUCGCGCAUCCGUUCACCAGGCAACGUCAUAGUCGCGUCAUUGCCAUUCGUCGAGAGGAUCAGUCGGUGUGGGAGCGACGAGCUCCCUUUGGACCCACCCACGUCCAGAAGUUGGUCAAGCAGAAUGUCAAGGUCAUCGUGCAGCCCAGCAAUCGUCGUGCAUAUCCCAUGCAGGCGUAUAUGCAGGCUGGAGCUCAUAUUCAGGAGGACAUCAGUGAUGCUUCCGUGAUUUUUGGAGUGAAACAAGUGCCCAUUGAUGCUUUGAUUCCUGGGAAAACCUACUGCUUCUUUUCGCACACGAUCAAGGCGCAGGAAUCCAAUAUGCCUUUACUAGACGCAAUUUUGGAAAAGAAAAUCAGGUUAAUCGACUACGAACGAAUUAUCGACGAACGCGGAGCCCGACAGGUGGCUUUUGGCAAAUAUGCCGGAGUCGCUGGCAUGGUGAACAUCCUCCAUGGCAUUGGAUUGCGUCUCUUGGCCCUGGGUCAUCAUACGCCUUUCAUGCAUAUCGGUCCCGCUCAUAAUUAUCGCAAUUCCUCGAUGGCUCGCCAGGCAAUCCGUGACUGUGGCUACGAGAUCUCACUUGGCAUGAUGCCCAAGUCCAUCGGUCCACUUACCUUUGUAUUUACUGGCUCUGGAAAUGUUUCCCAAGGAGCUCAAGAGGUGUUCUCCGAGCUGCCCAUAGAGUAUGUUCCCCCAGAGAUGCUUCGCAAGGUGGCCGAACAUGGAAAUCAAAACAAGCUGUAUGGCUGCGAGGUUAGCCGAUCAGAUCAUCUUGAGCGACGUGAAGGCGGUGGAUUUGAUGCCAAGGAGUACGAUGAGUUCCCCGAACGUUAUAUCUCCACCUUCAGCACCAAGAUAGCUCCAUAUGCAUCAGUUAUUGUGAACGGCAUCUACUGGGCUGUGGGCAGUCCCAAGUUAAUCAGUAUUCCGGAUGCCAAGAACCUGCUCCGUCCGGCCAAUACUCCCUGGUUGCCAACCAGCAAGGGUAGUCCCGCUUUGCCGCAUCGCAUGCUAGCGAUUUGCGACAUUUCCGCUGAUCCCGGUGGUUCCAUUGAGUUCAUGAACGAGUGCACCACCAUCGAUACUCCCUUUUGUUUGUAUGAUGCAGAUAGAAACAAGGAUACCAAGAGCUUCAAGGGUCCUGGAGUGUUGGUCUGCUCCAUUGACAAUAUGCCUACUCAAUUGCCAAGGGAGUCGACGGAUUUAUUUGGAGAGCUAUUAACGCCUCAUGUCCAUGACAUUAUCAAAAGUGAUGCCAAGAAGCCGCUGGCGGAGGAGCAGUUCUCUUACCCCAUUCAGUCGGCUAUUAUCGCUAGCAAUGGUGAGCUGACGGAGGGCUUCCAGUACAUUCAGGAGCUCCGAGAAUCGCAGAACCACCGCUCGCGCCACAAGAUGGAAGGAAGAUUUGAGUCGAACAAGAAGGUCUUGGUUCUGGGAGCUGGCAUGGUGUCUGCUCCCCUCGUAGAGUGGCUGCACCGCGAGAAGGAUGUCAGCAUCACGGUCUGCUCGCAGGUCAAGGAGGAAGCCGAUCGUCUGGCUCAACAAUAUGCCGGAGUGGACAGCGUCUACCUGGACGUGAACGAGAGCACGGGGCAUCUUCAGGAGCUGUGUGGAAAGGCUGAUGUGGUGGUUUCCCUGCUUCCCUACAGUCUCCACGGCAUGGUGGCACGUUAUUGCGUGGCGGAGGGUACCCACAUGGUCACCGCGAGUUAUCUGAACGACGAGAUCUCUGGAUUGCACGAUGAGGCCAAGGCUAAGGGAGUGACCAUCAUGAAUGAGGUGGGCUUGGACCCGGGAAUCGAUCACCUUUUGGCUCUGGAAUGCAUACACGAGGUGCAGGACAAAGGAGCUGUCGUUGAGUCCUUCGUAAGUUAUUGUGGCGGUCUGCCUGCUCCGGAGCACUCCAACAAUUCCUUGAGAUACAAGUUCUCUUGGUCGCCGAGAGGAGUACUCCUCAACACUCUUUCCGCUGCCAAAUAUCUGAGUCAGGGUCAGAUUGUGGAGAUUUCUGGAGGUGGUGAACUUAUGACAUGCCCGCGCAGUCUGGACUUCCUACCAGGAUUUGCCCUGGAGGGUUUCCCCAAUAGGGACUCUACAAAAUACGGUUCCCUUUACGGCUUGGGCAGGGAUGUACACACUCUGCUUCGUGGAACCAUCCGCUAUAAGGGCUUUUCCGAGUCCAUUAAGCCCAUGCAACUAUUGGGACUAAUUGAUCCGGAGCCGCAUGCUUUGCUGCAUCCCAGUGGUCCGGAUGUCACGUGGCGGCAGUUGGUCAUUCACCUGAUGGGCAUGUCCGACUCAAGCAUCUUCUACGAGAACCUCAAGCAGAAACUUACCGAGCGCAUAGGCGAUGUGGAUGGCAUCGAGAGCUUGGGUCUGCUGGAUGAUACUCCGGUGGUGAAGCUGAAUACUCCGCUGGAUACGCUUAGCCAUUAUCUGUCCAAGAAAUUGGCCUUUGAACGAGAUGAGCGCGAUCUGGUUGUGCUGCGCCAUGAGGUGGGCAUCCGUUGGCCCGAUGGUCGCCGGGAGGAGCGUGGCAUCAAUUUUGUGGUUUAUGGACAGCCCCAGGGUCAUUCCGCCAUGGCGAUGACGGUGGGAAAACCUGCGGCUAUUGCAGCCAAGAUGAUCCUUGAUGGUGAGAUCCAGGAACGCGGGGUCCUGCUGCCUUUCACCCCAGACAUAUAUCGACCCAUGCUGCAACGUCUGCGCUCCGAGGGUCUGACUGCCACGGAGACCUCCAGAUGGUUGAAUUAAAAGUAGUCUGAACUGAACCUAAGCACAUCCUAGGCUUAAGUUUUCAUUCCCUUUUUUUUUUGGACUGCCCACCGCGUCGGGUGAUUUUCCUUGUCUUAUUUAUCGCCCAGGUUUUUCGUUGUUCGAUAAGAGAGUCAUUACGUUAUCUUAAUACUGAAAUAAGUUUUAUGACUAGAGCUACUUGAAGUGCGUAAACAAGUUGAAGUUGUUGUCCAAAUUGUGAACUGUGUUUCCUUUACGUGAAUUAAUUACGAACUGACUGUAAAUGAUUGCCAAAUAAUAUUGAGUAAAUGCUUUAAUAUUUAUGGAAAGAAUAUAAAUUAUUGUUUCAUGUUCUGAGAUCA